UAUAUAUAUAGAACGUCCAAAUAUUUUACAAUUUAAUGACAGAAAAAAAGUGAUUAUAGUGACUCAUUUUGAAUGAUAGUGAAUUUUUUAGUGACUUGUCAAGAAAAAGUAACAAAAACUGGUUUGAGUGGAUGGCAGCGCUGAUAAUAAGCCGUGUUGAACUUUGUUCUUUUUUUUUCGUCGGAUGUUAGCGUAGAAAUGUCUAAUUUUUUGAUAUACAUAGUACAAGUACAUAGUAUAAGUGGCAAUUAAAAAAAUGUGCGAAAACCGUGUGUUUUCAAUUCUAAUUGCGUGAGUUUGUUACCUCCUCGGAGCGCUCAUCCAUUUAUGCAGAAGCUGGAAAAUGGACGCAUACAAAUCUUUCUUGGUAGAUUUCUUAGCGGGAGGUAUAUCUGCAGCGGUCUCGAAAACCGCGGUUGCUCCUCUGGAAAGAGUGAAAUUAUUACUACAAGUGCAACAUGUUUCUAAACAGAUAAAACCUGAAGAACGGUACAAAGGUAUGCUAGACGCGUUCGUUCGUAUACCUAAGGAAACCGGAUUCCUCAGUUUCUGGAGAGGCAAUCUCGCCAAUGUUAUUCGAUACUUUCCAACUCAAGCGCUCAAUUUUGCGUUUAAAGACAAAUUUAAAACCGUGUUCUUGGGCGGUGUGCCGAAGGAUGCAUUUUGGAGACAAUUUGCUGGAAAUUUAGCGUCCGGUGGUGCGGCUGGUGCAACAUCACUCUUGUUUGUAUAUCCCCUUGAUUUUGCUCGCACCAGAUUGGCCGCUGAUGUCGGAAAAGGCGAAAAACGAGAAUUUAAAGGCAUGAACGACUGUAUAAUGAAAAUUGUUAAAUCUGAUGGGUUUUUUGGGCUGUAUCGCGGUUUCAUUGUCAGCGUGCAAGGGAUCAUUAUAUAUCGUGCAACAUAUUUCGGAUGUUACGAUACUAUGAAGAAUAUGCUACCCGAUCCAAAAAAUACACCAUUGUAUGUGAAUUUUUCAAUCGCUCAGGUAGUAACAGCAUUGGCUGGAAUUGUAUCUUAUCCUUUCGAUACAGUCAGAAGGCGAAUGAUGAUGCAAUCGGGACGAAGUAAAACUGACAUAUUGUAUAAAAAUACGCUCGAUUGUUGGGUCAAAAUAACAAAAAACGAAGGACCUGGAGCUUUCUUUAAGGGUGCAUUCUCGAAUAUUCUCCGCGGUACCGGCGGCGCUCUUGUUUUAACUUUAUAUGAUGUAAUUAGAGAUUCGCUUGAAAAAGCACUCUGA